UCUUGAAAAAACGAGAAAAAGACAAUAAAUCUAAAAGUAUAAAGUUCAUGCAUAAUCUACAUCGUAAAGGGGUAAACCAUCGGAAAAACUAAUUUUUCGGAAAAAGAUUUCAAAAUUUACCCUCUAGAAAUUAGCUAUGAUACCAUGUUAACCAACAAUCGACUGAAAAUGGUCUAAAGCAUUGCACAUGUGACAGGUUAGCCUUGAACUUAGGCCUCAAUACACCUACGGUCGAAGCUAGGUAUCUCCUAUCAAUUAAAUAAAGGAAUACUUGACCAAUGAAAUCGGAGACAUGCAGUCCCAUCAAGUACUCGUUAAGGUCACUGUCCCCUAAAAUACAAAACACUUAAAGGCACUGCAAAUUUAUCACUCCCUCUAAGCCUGCUACUCUAUGUUUCUCGUGUUUUAAUUUUCUGAUUAACUUGUAUGCUUUUAUUGCCAAAUUGCUUUUAACUCGUUUUUAUUGUAUAUAUUCGUUCGUUUUAAUUUCAGUUGAAAAAGCUUAUUGGAUCAUUAGUAAGUCAUUAGUAAUUUGUUCCAGAGGAAAAACGCUCCUGCAUCAAUGCAGUUUGUACUACAUCUCCUGACUUAAAUCUUGAAUAGAAUACCAAUAGCUAGAGUAGUUCACUGCUACUAGAAUAACAAUUGAAAUGUUAGGAUGUGCAUAAAAAAGGACAGCAAUCUAAAGAAAAUACGAACAUAAUUAGAAUUCAACAUUCAAAGAAGAUGAAUGAAGAAUCGACCAACUAAUCCAAGAAUAAUAUUCUGGGAUGCAAUGGAUACAAUUUGAGUAGAAAACAUGCUGAAGCAGACAAAAAACAAGAGUAACUGGACAGAGCAUCCAUAAGUAGAAUAUGGUGCUCUGAAAUGGUGAAAACGAAUCCUUGGUGUCCUUAUCUACCACUUUUGUGCAGCAGAAUGAACUGUCAUUCUAAUUUCUUUUGAGUAAAGAAAGGCCAAUUUUCAUUUAGACCGGCCUGCCCGCGCGACUUCGGCUAAGCGAUGCAAAGAAUCAGUAAAUCAACAGACACAGUCAGUGGUUCAUUAGUUUGAUUCGAUUUGCAGAAUAAGAGGAAUUUAAACUUUCCGAAUGUUCAUAAUCGCGUUGGAAUGCUUCCUUGUUUUUCACCAAUCGGCACCCGUCACCAAACUAAACGCGCUUUUCUAACUCUCACGUUUUUACUAUGAGAAGUAUCGGACCAAAAGUACUUUUUUAUGCUACAUUUCCGCGUUACCAUCAAAUUCUGCAGUACCAAACACUUGCUUAUUUGAAAAACAAAAAAAUAUUAACGUAUGACUUCAUUGUAUCGAAGAUUCAUAGUGAAUGGAAUCUAAAACAUUUGUGGUCACCUUAAGAAAAAAUCCGUUGUCUUCAUUUCAUAGAUAAGGCUGAAAAAGGUCCGCCACACAAUGUUGCUUGUUGGAUAAAUUUUUAAUUAUAUUUUUAUCAAAAUCAUAUUGCUAAUAUUUAUAUCAAGUUUAAUUACUACUGUGUCAAGAGAAGAUUGAAUUAUAAUUGAUGAAUGAAACUAAAUAAGAGGAUUGUUUGUUUUUUUAUUGAUUCGCUUUGAUUGUUACUUAUCAUUAGCCGACCAUGGCAGUCUUGCGAUUUGCUACAUCGUGUAUUUCUCGUGCCUGUGUCACAGGUUAAAGACCUGUUUUUCGGGUCCAUUUUUGCCAUUGAGGGCUUGCAAAGUACGACAAAUGGUACGACAUGGUACGACAAAUUCAGUUAAAGAAACGUGUUAACUCUAGCUUGAGUCAUCUUCUGUAUGAUAUAAUAAAAGAUGAAUAUGAAAGGUGAAUAUAUUAUAAGUAGGAAAGAACUAAACAACGAGGGUCAUUACUAUUUAAUGUGAUCUAACAGCACGCUGGAGAAACAAUUAGGACGCGAAGGAAGACAGAGAAGUGAUAAACAACCUUAGGAAGGUAAACCAGAACAAAGGCAGAACAAAGGAAUGAAAGGAGGAGAGACAUAAUUGAUGAACGGAGAAAAAUUGAUUCAAAUUAAUGGGAAAUUUAUGAUUUAUGACGAGACAACCAUUUUACCGAAACCAUUGGUAUUAUUGAAUAAACAAUCCCAUAAUGACGUCAAUAAAUCUAUGACCUUUCAAGGUUGGGACCAUUGGUGAAUUUCUUGUGUUCGGUCGGUUGAAACAGGCCAGGUGGAAAACUGGAGAUCGAGAAGGUCGAUGGGAAAGGAUCGCCAUGACUGCCAUAUCGUCUAAACUGAGGAUUUCAACGCAACCGGAUGGUGUCGUUCCAAGCACACUGCUGAAAAGCACAUGAGCACAUUUAAAGAACAUUUCAAGGAAUUUCGAAGCUCAAAUGUUGGUAUAAUGACGACGAAUCCAAGGCUACUUCUAUUUUUAGAAACGAUAUGCUGUUGCCUGCUGUGGUAUUUACUGCUGUUCCAUGUUUUUCCAUUGACAUGGUACCUUUUCCUUCUAUACUAUAUCUGCAAAUCAUCCGAGAAGCUCUUUUAUAAAGCGAAGUAUGAUGCAUUACCUCUUGGGAAUGUCGAUGCGUUGUGGUUACGGGACAAGCCGACUAACCGCAUCGUAAUAAACGCACUUUUGACCGUUCAAGGCGACAUUGACUUGUCUCAGUUUAAAAACACACUUAUAAAGAAGCUACGGCUAGAAGACGAAAGUGAAGAUAACCCAUUCUCAAAGGCAAAGAAACGAAUACUCAAAGGCUUUUUCCAUUGCUACUGGGUGGAGAACACAACAUUUGCCAUUUCAGACCACGUCAAACUAUGGCUACAGCUAGUGCAUUCAGAGAAGGAACUGCGAGAGCUUGUGUCCAAGCUUUGUACGCGGGAGAUGGACAUGACCAAAUCCCCAUGGGAGUACAACCUUAUAUCUUUUCUGGAUAAAGACAAGAUUUUUAAAACAGCAUUGCUUGUGCGGCUUCAUCAUUGCCUUGCUGACGGGAUCAGUUUAGCGAAUUUUCUAAUCAACGAGCUGUCCGAUUCAGUUGUGGAAACGACUCCGUUGAAGAAAUUCUCCGAAAGAAACAGGUUGCUAUUGAAUAUCAAAGGCUUGUUUUGGGGUCCGUAUUUCAUGAUAAACAUGAUGACGGCAGCACGCGAUGAGUCGAUUUUGCAUGGAGGGGAACUUACAGGCACAAAAGCAGUCACAUGGUCAGAAGCGAUUGAUCUUGAUAUCGUUAAAGACAUAAAAAACAAAGCCCUGUGUACAGUAAACGAUGUUCUAGUCAGCGCUCUAAGCGGAACGCUUGUAGAUUUUUUCCGCAAACAGGACCUUGUACCAACUGCAAAUGUAAAAGUUUCCAUACCAAUCGACUUACGGGCCAACAUGGGAGACGCAGCUCUUAAGUUCCAAAAUAAGCUGACUGUUAUAAUUUUCGAGUUACCGAUAAAACUGCACCAUCCAUUGCUCCAACUAAACGAGACAAAAAUCAGAACCAAAGAGAUUAAAACUUCAGGAGAACCUUUCUUCAUGGGAAUCGCCCUAGAGGUUAUGACGUCAAUCAUGCCAAGCAAAUUUCUUGAUCCACUCAACAGGUUUCUUUGCCAAAAGACAACAGCUAUUUUAUCUAACGUUCCUGGCCCACAAAAUCCGAUAACUAUAUGUGGCCGCCCCUUAGACAUGCUUACUUUUUGGGCGCCACCACGUGACAACAUUGGAAUCUCAUUCUCAUUUGGAACAUAUGCAAACCAGCUCAUUUUUGGUGUACAAAGUGAUACAGGCUUAUUAAAAGACCCUGAUGAAAUUUGUCAACUAUUCCAUGGAAAUUUGCUAGCAUUGCAAAAGAGCAUGGACGAUGUUAAUGCGAAUGUUGAUAAUAUGGUAACUGUGAACAUAAAUGCACAGUGAGUAUGAAAUUGUCCUUAGAAAUGAAAGGAAAAGCUGUAUGUCACCCGACAAGAUAUAAAGAAAUAGGGUGCAGUAAUUAGAUCUAAAACUCUUAUGUACUAUAAAUUUGAAAUGACCGCAGACACCAAUUUGAACACACAAAGAAACUUUAUUUCUCGUUGAAAAAUGACUAUUACUAAACCAAUAAUUCAGCAUAUUUUUAAUUAGGAUAUAUGAAUCAAGAUGGCAGAAAAAAACCUUUUCACCUUUUGAUCCAUUCUAUGGCCAGUAAACAUAAAAAAGGUUCAAAUAUGCGACAAUAACAUUUUGACAGCAACUAAGGUUUUAUAUAUUUGAUUCUCACCUUGGUAGACGAUUUUCCUCCAGGCGGUCUCCUUCUUUCUGUAAAAGAAUCAAUAUUUAAUAUAUAUAUAUUAUCAGUUUUAUAAGAAUUUUGAUUUAAAAUGCCACACAAUAUGUUUAAAUCUCUCAACAUUGAUACAUGACCUGUCAAUUUAAUACGUUUAAAGGAAUCAACACCACUUGACAACUUUGCAACUUCAACAGUGAUUUGACAGGCGAUGCUUUGCACUAGAUGAAUUUGUAGUUUUACUUGACAAUAGUACUGAUAAAUACCGUGAAAUUUUUGCAUGUAAAUAUUAUCUGAAAUGUAGAUUAAAAAACCCUGUAAACCAAUCAAUAAUUUUCGCGAAUGAAAACAAGAUAUGUAUCAUAUGCACACAGUUAAAAUGUCGUCCUAUGAUAAUUUCGCCUUUAAUUUUUGUAAAUAUUUAACUACGUUUUCUCCCGCCUUUCAGAUAGAUUGAUUCAUCCAUUUUAGAUUUUGAAAAAUCGCAUAAUAAGAAUAGGUAGCAUUGGCAGUUGUUUUAUACCUUUUCAUAAAUUUUUUUAUGUGUAUGUUCUUCGAUAGCAUAUAAACAUGAACGAAAAAUCUUGUUUACUCUUGGUAAUAAAUCGCUAACUUCUAAAACUAGCUACAGCUUUAACAACAUCACUCAGACAAUGCUCAACGGUUUCCAAGCACCGGUCAUGUUUUUCAACCAAAACGAAUAUCUUGCACAUAAAAUUAUCUGAAUCAUAAAAAUGUCAUACAGUGGUUGAAAUUAUUAGGAAAGGACGAGACCUAUAACCCUAGGUCAAUAUUUCCAAUUAUUUGAACAUAUUCUGAAAGUUCAAUGUCAAUUUUCAUAUAAGAUUACAUAUAACCUUCAAAUUAUCAGGUCCUCACUGUUAGCUAUUGUCAGUACAAGGGAAAAUGCAAAGAUAGUAAAAAAUCCAGACACCUUGCUCUGUUGAAUACUGUGCGAUGUGUGCGAAUCAUUCCCAAAGCGAUACUUCACCAUCCCAAGAACAGGAAGCUAAAACAUUUAUCAAUGAUGGAUGGAAGGCAACAUCCAUGCAUGCAGUUGAGUAGGCCGGCAGCACCGCGAGGGGGCGUGAUGUGGCAUAAUUGUAAAUAUGAAUUUGUCCUUCUCUGUCACCGCUUGCAACAUAUCCACCAUCUUGGUUGAUCGAGAACCCUAUAUUGAAUCCACCAGUCUACAACAAUAACAAUGAAAGCUUUUCUUUAAUCCAAAACUUCAUCAUGAAGCCUUGGUAAAGGCAGUUACAAAAUAACUCUUGUCCUCUUAAAAUAUUCACACAUUAUUCGGUAAACUGGUACCCAGUGUUGGAAUUAAAUUCCCUCUUUUAAAUAUAUUUCGAGCAAAAAUUCGUAAGAAGAAAGAAGAGACAUAAAAAACAUUCAAAUAAAAUGGCUACAAACUUUGACAAAGGAGCUAAUUUUGGAAACAGAGAUCCUGACUUAUCGAGCCUAUUUUAAUCCAACCAAAUAGAAAAUUUCCUAUCUUUCUUCUAACUUGAGUGGCACCAAAAAAACGACAGAACCAAAAGACAUUGCAAUACUGGAAGGAUACUCAAAUCAAGAUUGUUAACAUGCUUGUUAAGAAAAACAUUACAUUUGCAUCAAGCAUAGUUAAUUACUAUAUAUAUCUUCAAUCUUGCUUCGAAGAGCAGGUCUUAAUUCGCAUGUCCAAGUAAUUUCAAAUGUUAUAGUUCACCAGAAGAUCCUCUUACUGGUGGCUUGCCAUUUUCAAUAUGAAUGCCAUGUAAAAAGGACGACUGACGCUAAGGUCAUACCAGCCCCUAUUCAUUUUACCCCAUUUUCAAAAAAGCUUUCUUGUUAACUGUGUCAAAGGAUUAAAUUCAGUUCUUUUAUUUCUUAUCUUUGAAAAACUGUCCGUUUUGUACACAGCGUAUAUGCAUUUUCAUUUGCUCAUCCAAGCAAUCCGAGCCCAAGGUAAAUUUUGAUCCGAUUU